AUGUCGAGAAAGUUUUGUCCCGUCGGAAAGUUGUUACCAGGCGUUCGUGUCGCCAUCUUGAACGAGGACCAACAAAUCCAGCCUGUCGGAAUGCCAGGGGAGAUAUUCGUCAGUGGCCCCACCCUGGCUCGUGGAUACCUCAAGCGACCCGACAUCCAGGAGAAGCGCUUCAUCCAGCGACCAGACACCGUGCCGGCGUCGUACGGGGACGUCCUCUACAGGACAGGAGACUGGGGAUACGUCCUCUCCGACGGUAGCCUGGAAAUAUGCGGCAGGUGUGACUCUAUGGUGAAGGUCAGAGGGUACUCCAUUGAAGUACAGGCCGUUGAGUCCGCCCUGAUGUCACUACCUAUGGUGAACGCGUGCGUUGUCUUGGUGAUGGGCGAAGAAGGGGAGGACAAGUUCUUGGUGUCCUACCUCGUGCCAGAAGGUCAGACCAACAAGAAGGAAGUGAGAGCCGCCCUCAAGAGAAGGCUGCCCUUCUACAUGAUACCAUCCUACUUCGUGAUCCUUAAAAGUAUUCCCAUUGUGAAAGCGACAGGGAAGCUGGACAAGAAGUCUCUGCCGCCUUUUGAAAAACAGGAUUCAGAGGAAGGUGAAGUUGAAGGUCGUCCCACAACCGAAACGGAGGUCAAGGUUGCGGACAUCUGGUGUAGAGUCCUCCAGAUGCGUGACAUCGACAUUCAAGAGAGUUUCUUUGAUAUGGGAGGACAUCCUGUUCAGGCAAUUUGCGUUGUGGCUUCUGAAUCCUCAGUGCGAUCACUCCUCCUGGCUGCCCAAUUGCUGAACGUGGUCCAGGAGCAGUUCGGCCUCCGGAUCGCCGUACAGGACCUGUUUUCCUACCCAACCGUGUACAGUCUGAGUCGACUGCUAGACAACAAACUGAACAACACUGUCACCAAGUGCCCCGCCCAGAGACCCAAGCUGGACCUCAAGGCGGAGGUCGAGAAACACGACCAGGGCGUCCUCAAUCUAGAUAUUCAACUGCGUGCAUUCUGGCGGACCUUCCACCAUCGUCAUCAUUUCCAUAAGGGGCGAGUCUUGUUGACAGGGGCAACGGGAUUCCUGGGAGUAUUUAUACUCAGAGAGUUGUUACUGAAUACGAAGCUACUGGUAUACUGCCUGGUGCGGGAACUGCCUGGGGUUGAAGCACUUGACAGAAUAAAGGAAGCUUUGAGGAAGUAUGGAAUUCUGGGUAAAUCUGAAAGUGAGGCUACAAAAGAGCAGAAACAAGUAGAAGCCAUGCUAGCCAGGAGAGUCACGGUUAUCAAAGCUAACGUGGCUUUGAUAAACCUGGGGAUGAGUGAGGAAGACUACACAUACCUCUGCACCGACAUCGACUUCAUCAUCCACACGGCCGCCAUUGUCAACCUUGCCUACCCAUAUAGUGCUCUCCAUGGCCCCAAUGUCCUGGGAACUGCCAACAUCAUUCUGUUUGCCUGUACUGGAAAAGUAAAACCCAUCCACUAUAUCAGCACAGAUGCAGUUUUCCCAAAUGGAUUAAAAGAUUGUUCAGAAGAGGAUGAUGCAUCAAGUUACCAUGACGACCUGGAAGAUGGUUAUUCACAAUCUAAAUGGGUUGCUGAGCAACUGGUGAAGAAAGCUGGAAAGAAGGGCCUUCCUGUUUCAAUUUACAGAUUAGGUAACCUGUCUGGUGACAGUCUGACAGGACACUGGAACCCUCAAGAUUUCACCUUGCUGGUGCUGCAGGCUUGUACAAAACUAGGACUGGCUCCGGAAGUGAACUGGAACAUGGAAAUGACACCCGUGGAUUUUGCAGCCAAAGUCAUUGUUAGGAUUACCCAGAAUCCAUCAGUAAUGGGGAAAACAUUCCAUGUCAUCAACACUCAACCAAUCAAAGCAAGAUGGGUGUUUGAAUGGAUGUAUGGCCAUGGCUUUACCCUCAAGUUUGUUCCCUUCUCCGAAUGGCGUAAUGCUGUUCUGGGGCAGUCCAACGGCCACAGCAGCCAAUCAAGUCUGCUACCUCAGCUUCUGGACACAUACAUUAAAGAUGCAUCAUUCUUUGAAAAGCUGAGCAUGUACACAAAUGACAGUCUUCUGUCCACGCUGUCACAACUUGGUCUUACAUAUGCCUACACAGACAGCGUCUUACUCAACCACUACUUAACAAAACUUCUCGACAAGAAACUUAUCGUGAAGAGACGUCGGAGGAGGACAACUACAGGAACAGGAACAGGUGCUUUAGAUGGAAAGGUUGUCAUAGUGACAGGAGCAUCGUCUGGCAUAGGAGCAGCCAUUGCACUUGCAAUGGCUCAUGAUGGUGCCAAGGUUGCUAUGGCUGCAAGAAGAGAAGAUAAACUGAGGGAGAUAGAGAAAAGCAUGGCUGAAUUUGGCGGAGUUGCAAUUUCUGUUAAGACUGAUGUUACGAAGAGAAGCCCCCAGUAA